AUGAGCAGCACCGUGUGCUGCAGUUCUUGCACUCCUGACGACACGCCGCUGCAGGCGAUACGUUACUUCCCAGCCUCCACGUCCAGAAUGGAUGCCGAUAGCGCCGAUGAUAUCAGGGCCCGUGGGCCCAGAAAAAACAAGCAAGAUGAGGAAAGGAAAAGGCAGGCGCAAGGGGACUCCCAUGUGAAGUUGAAGUAUUUAGAAUCUUUUGACGCAUACGAAGACGACGUUGAAGAAGACGGAAGUCAACUCCACCGCCACCGUCAGCAACAACAACAGCAGCAAAAUUCUAGUGACUUCCUUUUGAGCGUUGGAACUGGCAUGAGUGCCGGACGAUUACAGGUGCGUUGCGACAAUUGUUUUCAGUCAGGAAUUGGUCGUUCCGGUACGUCGAACUUCGUUGAUUGGCAACAACAGAAGGAGCCACGUUUUGAGGAGCCGAAAGAUCUUGUGACAUCGGCAUUAUCAUACCAGGUGUGGAGGUAUGAAGCGCCUGAUUCCCACACCAACAGUCUUGAAGGAAAGGUUAGCACGUCGUUGAAGUGUGGGAAGAACGAGAGUGCCUCAUUGGGAGUAUGUCGGUGGAAUGAUCGCAGUAAUCACGUUGCAUGGCGGUGUUCAGACGACGGGAAUAAUGAAACCAUCAACAGCUGGGGAGAGAAAACAUCACUACUUCUAAAUUCACAGAAGAAGUCAUGUGUAGCACCAAAGUCCCCAAACAUGCGAAGUGUGAAGAUGGAACUUUGCAGCCUCCAUGGCGUGUAUAGAGAAAGGGAGAAGGAGCAGCGGCAGCAGCAGCAACAACUGCAACAUUUCCUUUUUUCCUCACACACGAUGAAUGAUGGAUUUGAAACUUCGCAUGUUGACAGCGUCAAGGGGCGAUGGUUACGAUGGAGAAGAAAAUCAAAGUCGUUCGCGGGAGCAGGUGUCCAGACCGAUUCCAUGGCAUUGGCGGAGUCAACAAGAAAAACAACAAGAAUAAGGGAAGCUGUAGGCAUUGGGUAUUUGUUGGGCGAUCAUGCGCCGCGCAUGGGCGACAUGUUGCGGCUGUUUUUUGUUCCCGGUGCGAUUGAUUUGGAGGAGCGUGACGUGCGACGAUGGAUCUGCAGUGUAAAUCAGACCCGCCGGCACGGUUUUCUCCUGCCCGAACUGCAGGGUAUUGAUGCGGGGGCACAAUUUCAAGAGUUCACCCAACCAAAAACGGCUUAUAUGAGCGGCGAAGCAGCGGAAGGAAAUUCGGGUGUCGUCUCCUCACCACCGGCCAUGGCAGCUGCGGCGGAGACAAGGCGAGGGCAAAUGGAUAAUGUAUCGGUUAGCCGUGCUGCCGCUGAUGUGUAUACGCGGCAGAAGGAAGUUGAGUCCAUUAGUUUGGACCCUGCAAGGGUACCCGGCAGGUUUCUUGAAGACAGGGAAAAACUAGAUGCAUAUUGGGCGGGAGAUGAAAGCGGCAGAAGUAAUAAUGAUAAUUCGGAUGACCAGAUGAGUGGGAUGAAGCAGCACUCACGGUAUUGGAGUAACGAUUGGAGAAAAUACUCCAUGGAGGCAUAUGCUAUGGAAAUAUGUUCAAUGGCAUCAUGUAGGUCUGUGCAACAAAACAUUGACAACUGUUCUGUUAGUAGUGAGAAUAGGAAUUAUGACAACGGUACUUCUUUGGCGCCUUCGUCCUUGAGAAACAACUCUAAAAAGGAUGAAGAAAAAGCAUUUGGCAUGCGAUGUCUACAUGGAGGAAACGACGGUGUUUAUUAUUGCAACGAUCAUGAUUAUCAAAAAGAAGAACAACAAGGAAAAUUCAUGACAAAUGAUAAACGACCUGCAAUGGACGGUGCAUCGGCUUGGGAGAGAGGAAUUAUGGAUGAUGAUGGUUGUGGCAUAGGCAAUGACGACAGGGAUACCCGUGUAAAUCAACAAUGUAGAGUGAAAGUCUCUAUUGCCGCUCUUAAAUCACAUUUUGUUAUCAUGGCAACUUUCAUGCCGCUGGCGUUGUUUAUUGGACUUUCGGUACUUACUUCCGCCAUCGUUAUCUCAGGCCUUCUUGUUGUGGUGGUGGCGUUGCUGCUUGGUGUACUGGUGUACCGGCAUAUCGUGGCACUUUACUCCUUGUGUUUUUCCCAGAACUUGUGGCCCACCAUUCCAUUGGGUUGCAGCAGGAGACAUAAUAAUGAACGACGCCGUAGCCUUGACGCGUCCCCUGAUGGCAGUUGGUUGCUCAUGUCCCCGAGUCUUCUUGAACUCACGCAUCGUUUUGGUGGACGGUGGAUGUACCUCGUGACGAAACUGUUGUACAUGGGAGCACUGCUUGCCGCGGCUAUCUUAUUUAUGUCCUUUGGUUUUACGCUGACCGGUGGCGCAGCGGCAAUCAUUUGCACCUUGUGGGAUCACUCGACGUUUGAAACCCUUUCCAUGACGGACUCAUCGCAGGGAUGUCAAAUUGGACCCAAACCUCGCUUUCUGGUUCUGUUCCCAUUUCUCGCCCUCGCUGUGUGCUUUGCAGGCCCAACUGCCGCACGUAGCCAUUUGUGUUGGUGGGAAACAGGCAUCUUUAGACUUGUUUCCCUGACUGUCUUUGGGCUUCUUUUCUUUACAAUGCUUACGGUGCAAUUGGUAUGGACGCUUAAACACUCACCCAGCGUGUUUGAUAUCCCGCUUCGCUUCAUUGUGGAUCACGCGUGGGGUCGCCGUGUGCCAAGUCUUUGGUGGCUGCAGGACACCGUGAGCCAGGCUGAAUUUUGGACGGAAUGGCAGGUUCUGGCCUACAUGGUGUUG